AUGGACCAUCAAUGCCACGACUGUGAAGACUGCAACCAUCGCCAACUCCAUCAGAAAAGACUCACAGCUGGAGACCAGGAGCUCGGCCAAGACGUCACCGAGCCCAGACCAGCUCCACCCCCCCACCUGAGGAGACAAGAGGCUGAGGACCUUAACCCCUCCCACCUGAGGCCCUCUCCUGCAGCGCCCCCUACCUGUAGGCUUUUGGCACACCAUGAAUUUUAUCUGGUUCCACAUGAUCAGGACCAGGAGGAGGACCAGCAGGAGGAGGACCAGCUGAGGGAGAAGAGGAACCCCCAGGAACCGGAGGAACACAGGAAGCACCAUCCCCAGCUGAACCCAGGAGGCCCACGCCUCCACCACAACCAGGUGACAGAAGGUGAGGCCCAGGAGGAGCUGCAGCAUGCCCAGGCGCACCCACACCCAGCCCAGGCCCGAGACCUGGUGGAAGACCAAGCUUUGGAGCAGGUCCCAGCAGCCUUGGAGGAGGUCCCAGCAGCCUUGGAGGAGGUCCCAGAGGCCUUGGAGGAGGUCCCAGAGGCCUUGGAGGAGGUCCCAGAGGCCUUGGAGGAGGUCCCAGCAGCCUUGGAGGAGGUCCCAGUCAGGGAGGAGAUCCCAGAAGCCAGGGAGGAGAUCCCAGCAGCCAGGGAGGAGGUCCCAGCAGCCAGGGAGGAGGUCCCAGCAGCCAGGGAGGAGGUCCCAGCCAGGGAGGAGGUCCCAGCCAGGGAGGAGGUCCCAGCCAGGGAGGAGGUCCCAGCCAGGGAGGAGGUCCCAGCCAGAGACCAUGUAGUAAUUCAGGAUCACGGAGACCAAGGCUGUGGCCAAACCCCCGGCCAGCAGGAGGAGCUCCACUACUGCCACCGCAGAGAACAUGUGGCAGAAGCUUAA